AUGGCUAUUGACAGUUUUGGGCAAUUAAAUCCCACGGUAAGUAUCCAAAUUGAGUGAAAUGGCGCAUUCAUGGGCAUUCAAGAAAUGGAGAGAACAAUCUCGCCCGUCUCAGACUUGUUCGUUCUAUGGCCGUGUUGCACAUAAAAGCUCAACCCCACACUGACUACCGGUAAACCAUUUUGAAACUAUAUUUCAGAAUAUCUGUUAGGUGAAGACACGGCGUCGUUUCAAAGAUUCGAUCUAUCUGGAAGUAUUUGGAACUUUCGCUCAGCCAUUCAUUAAUGAACGACACCUCGCUCGCUGCCAGUAUUUAUUUUCAGCAUUAGCCAAUAUCACAACAACAUAUUGCAAGUACCGAGAUCUCAAAAUAGGAGAAAUGCCCCAAGCCAAAGGAAAGAAACUUCCAACAGAGGUUCAUCGAAAGUAUCCUGGCUUCAACGCUUUCAUGGUCAUUACCACUCCUUUCACUCACAUUAUAAAGGCCACUCACUGAUUUGAUGAGUAGACCUCGAGUGCUAGUGCAAUAUCAAAGGCAACUAAAAGAGAACCUUUUGGUUUCAGGAAAAAGGUCCCUGUCAGAGAAGUUGCAGCUCCCGAAAUUGGCAUUCACGUAUGUUUUUCGUCUUAUCGUUAAUUCAAAACAAAAGGCUAAUACACCCAAAAACUGUAGUCUCGGGAAUGGGCCAGAAAGAUUGUUCCACAAAAAGCCACCUUCUUCAAAUUGCCAGCAGAGAUCCGUGAGAAAAUUUGGAAGAACGUCAUCAAGACAACUACCGGCUACAUUGUACCUCGAAAGGCUCGGGAUAAAUUCACAAAUAACAGCAGCAAGGAGCUAGGCAACAGUGAGUAUCUUUAUAAGUGUAUAGUAAAGAAGUGUAUAUUAUUCUUACUCAAAUUAUAGCUAUGGUCGCCUUAUACACUCUCUGUCGUCAAUCCUACGUCGAUACUUACGGAUCUGGGUUCCUCUAUCGAUAUGGAAAGUUUCGUUUCCCUAAUUCGGAUCAAAUGCUCAAUGUGAGUCUCUUUGUAUUCGCACAUACCUCAAAAUCGAGAUUAAUAAUGAAGUACGGUAGUACCUCUCAGUAA